UCUUAUUUUUAUAAAAGAUAAAGAUGACGAUGUGAAAUAAAUGAAGACAACAUGCUUGCUACAGCAGAACCUGGUAUAGUACUGGUCAGGGAAUGGCUGAACUGCGUUAAAUCUGAAGAAUUUGAUCUUUUGGAAAUAUUUUCCGACAAAAAACAAGAUAUCUCCGAUAAUGCGCAAGAUAUCUGCGAUAAAAAGCAAGAAAACUGUGACAACGGUGUGUUCCAAGGAGAAGUUUUGGACCCCGGGUUUCCCUUAGUGUCUGUAACCACAGCAUCAAAAAUAAGAGAAGAAGAUGGAUAUUAUGAACUAGAACUUAAAGACGGAGUUAAAUACAUUGGAUGUAUAAAAGAAGAGUUGGGAGAUGGGGAAGGAGAACUACAGAUACCCGCAGAUUGGACUGGUCAUUGGACCACAGGAGAAAGUAUAUUACGAGGUUGGUUUAAGAAAGGAAGGUUGGAGGGAAGAGUGCGAGCUGAAAGCUUUCAGGAUUGUACAACAACAGAACUACUAUUCAGAAACGGUAUUCCCCAUGGACCAUACCGCCGAUUCCGCCGCGAUGGUCAGCUGGUUCAAUACGGGUUCCACAAGAACGGAAUCAAGGUUGGAAAACAUCUCAAGGUUGGAACAGGGAACAACUCCUACUACCUGGGUAACCUGGACUCGAUGGAACGGUUGGUUGGUCAGGUUGUGUUCCUAUAUCCAAACCUCCAGAAAACUAUUUUAGGGGAAUAUGUUGACGGGAAGAUGAUAUCUGGAGUGUAUUCUGAUCUACGGGAUGCAUAUAUGGGUGACGAAGUUGGGUUUCCUACCCUCGUAUUCAGCUCAGAGAGAAGAGAUAAGCUCAAGUUCGAUCCUUCAACUUUUAUGAGGAUAAGUAGAACCCCCCUGCAGAGAGAUGAAUAUGAGUCGGGUACUGUUUAUGUUAAACAAUCCAGAAUUCCUUUUGCCGGAGAGGGUCUCUAUGCUUCAAGAUAUAUUGAGGAAGGUCAGCUGGUUUGCUUAUUUAAUGGAAACAGAAUAACAAAGACUAGUAACAGAAAGUGUGUAAAGUGGGGGGAUGAGGACUGGUCUGACUUCAGAUUAACCCUAGAUAAAAGCACAGAUCUAGAUAUACCUGGAGAGUAUCAAGAAACUCGAACCUACUCCGCAACCCUCGGACAUAAGGCAUGUCACAGUUUUGGUAGAGAAAAGAACGCCAUGUUUCAUGAGUUUGAACAUCCCAGAUUUGGUUCAAUUAUGUCAGUUGUUGCUGUGAAACCUAUUUAUAAAGAUGAAGAAAUUCUAGUUUCCUAUAACUACAAUAUCUGCCAUGCUCCACCCUGGUAUCAGGAACAAUGGGUUCAACAUCUAGUCAACCGUGGUUUAACUCGAGAGCGAAUCCUGGCAGCCAGAGAGAAAGAAGAACAGAAGAAUAGUUUAAUAAUUCCUGAUCAUGUAUUCAAAAAUAUUCCUUAUUAAAUCAUAUCAAAUAUAUUUUAACUUCUUUCA